UUCAAUCAUAAGAAAACAUUUAAAAUGUUAAUUCAAUCAUAAGAAAACAUUUUUCUUGCUUUUGAUUUAUGAAAUUCUGAUACCAUGAUUAGAAACUUGAAAGCCCAACUGCGGUUCGCCUUCAAUUACAGUCAGCCUAGUGUUUUGCCGCAUUUUAGGACUGAACAAUUUAGCAAUGAUUACAUAAGUUCCCUGUGCAAGCAAAAGCUUUACAAUGAAGCUCUUAAGGCAUUUGACUUCUUGCAUAAGAAUACAAGUUUCUCGAUAAAACCAAGCACUUAUGCCCAACUGAUGUCUGCCUGUUCUUCUCUGAGGUCUCUAGAACAGGGAAGGAAAAUCCAUCUUCAUAUGUUGGCCUCCGAAUGUCAGCCAGACGUUAUUCUUAACAAUCAUAUUCUCAACAUGUACGGAAAAGGUGGGUCACUGAAGGAUGCUAGAAUGGUUUUUGACGACAUGCCCCAGCGGAAUGUAGUCUCUUGGACUUCUGUAAUCGCUGGAUACUCACAGAAUGGCCAAGAAAAUGAUGCCAUUGAAUUGUACUUUCGGAUGUUACAGUCAGAUGUAAUGCCAGAUCAUUUCACCUUCGGAAGCAUAAUAAAAGCUUGCUCAGGUCUUAACAUUGUUGGAUUAGGAAAGCAACUUCAUGCUCAGGUCAUAAAAUCAGAACAUGGUUCUCACCUUAUUGCACAGAAUGCUCUUAUUGCAAUGUACACAAAGUUUGAACAACUUGCUGAUGCGUGGGAUGUGUUUUCUCGUAUUGCAACAAAGGAUUUAAUUUCAUGGGGUUCAAUGAUUGCUGGGUUUUCCCAACUGGGUUAUGAGUUUGAAGCUUUAUGCCAUUUUAGAGAAAUGCUUCGUCAUGGCUGCUAUCAGCUGAAUGAAUUUAUAUUUGGCAGUGUUUUCAGUGCUUGCAGCAGCCUCCUACAUCCAGAAUAUGGUAGGCAGAUACAUGGGAUUUGCAUAAAAUUUGGUUUAGGGAGAGACAUUUUUGCUGGAUGCUCCCUUUGUGACAUGUAUGCUCGAUGUGGUUUCUUAGAUUUUGCAAGAAUGGUAUUUGAUCACAUAGAAAGGCCUGAUUUAGCGUCAUGGAAUGCAAUUAUUGCCGGGAUUGCUAACAAUGGCAAUGUCAAUGAAGCCAUGUCAUUCUUUUCUCAGAUGAGGCAUCUAGAGUUGAUCCCAGACAGACUCACUGUUCGCUCCCUACUUUGUGCUUGCACCGGCCCUUUGGCACUCUAUCAGGGUAUGCAGGUUCACUCCUAUAGUGUUAAGAUAGGAUUUGAUUCUAGUGUUCCUGUGUGCAAUGCUCUACUUACCAUGUAUGCAAAGUGUUCUGUUCUAUGCAAAGCAUUCUUGGUAUUUGAAGAAUUGGGAGAGAAGGCAGAUUCAAUUUCCUGGAAUUCAAUUCUUACUGCUUGUAUGCAGCACAACCAGACUGGAGAGAUCUUCAGAUUAUUCAACCUAAUGCUUGUUUCUCAAAAUAAGCCUGAUCAUAUUACUUUAACUAAUGUAGUGGGAGCUUGUGCAGAAAUAGCAUCUCUCGAAAUGGGUAAUCAAGCUUAUUGCUAUAUCAUGAAAACAGGGCUCAUACUUGAUGUUUCUGUCAUGAAUGGAUUGAUUGACAUGUAUAUAAAGUGUGGCUCUCUUGGAAGUGCUCAAGAGCUUUUUGAUUCUAUGGAGGAUCCAAAUAUUAUCUCCUGGAGUUGUUUAAUUGUUGGGUAUGCUCAGUUUGGAUAUGGAGAGGAAGCCCUUAAACUCUUUAGAAGGAUGAGAAGUCUAGGAGUCAGGCCAAAUGAAGUGACAUUUGUUGGUGUCCUGACUGCCUGCAGUCAUGUUGGACUGAUAGACGAAGGGUGGCAGUUGUACAGAACCAUGGAAACUGAAUAUGGGAUCAAGCCAUCAAGGGAGCACUGUUCUUGUGUAGUUGACUUACUUGCUCGUGCUGGACGCUUACAUGAAGCUGAGGAUUUUGUUAAUCAGAUGCCUUUUGACCCUGAUAUCAUAGUGUGGAAGUCUCUGCUAGCUGCCUGUAAAACCCAUGGGAAUGUUGAUGUUGGGAGAAGAGCUGCAGAGAAGAUUUUGAUUAUUGAUCCUUCCAAUUCUGCUGCUCAUGUAUUGCUAUGCAACAUAUAUGCUUCUUCUGGAAGAUGGGGAGAUGUUGCUAGACUGAGGGGCUCGAUGAAAGAAAGGGGUGUGAGGAAAGUUCCAGGGCAGAGCUGGAUUGAAGUUAAGAAUAGGAUCAAUGUUUUCUUUGCAGAAGAUAGUAUGCAUCCAGAAAGGGACAAAAUAUACUCAAUCCUGGAGGAGUUAUGGUUGCAGAUGCUGGAUGAUGGUUAUACUCCAUUCCAGAUAUAGGCUUCAAAUGAACGAAGACAUUGGUAAAGACAAAGAUGAGCUUCAUUCUCACCGUUCAGAGUAGUAGAAGGUGGUCUAAGUCAUUUGGGAGGUUCCAGAUUAAACAAUUCUCCCAGGAAGUCCUGUUGGAAAGACUGUGGGUACUGAGGUUCAUUUAGAUUCAGUAGCAUUACAUAACAGCCAAUUUACUUUUGAAGAUCACAGCAGAAACAUACGAACGUCCAUUACCCUGAGCUCUACAGUUCAGCAAUUGGUGCUGCAGCUUAUCACAAUUUUGCUGCCUGGUGCCGCUACCAAGCAAGCAGUAUUCAAAAGUAUAUUGAGCCAAUGAGAUUCUGAACAGAACUCAAUGAUCCUUGUUGGAAGUAUUUCCGGCUUAAUACUGCUAAUUAUGUCAAGCAACGAAUACAUUAGUGGUCUGUUGGUGCUUCCGUGUUGGUUAGGCCGCUCCUAUUUUUGAAACAGAUUAUUCUCAACUUCUCGUUGCAUGAAAGUUAGUAUUCAGUAAUAUCUAAAAACUUUGUUA